AUGGAGGCGGUUCCCCUGCUGCUGCUGCUGCUCCUCUUCUCCUCCCCUCUCGCGCCGGCGCCGGCCAACGGCCUCCUCUCGCCCAAGGGCGUCAACUAUGAAGUGCAAGCUCUCAUGACGAUCAAGAACUACCUCAAGGAUCCCCAUGGCGUGCUCAAGAACUGGGACCAGGACUCGGUGGAUCCUUGCAGCUGGACCAUGGUCACCUGCUCCCAGGAAAACCUCGUCACCGGCCUGGAAGCCCCAAGCCAGAACCUCUCUGGCCUGCUCUCCCCGAGCAUAGGCAAUCUGACCAAUCUCGAGAUAGUCCUGCUGCAGAACAACAACAUCAAUGGCCGAAUCCCGGCAGAGAUUGGCAGGCUCACGAAGCUUAGGACGCUUGAUCUCUCCAGCAACCACUUCUCCGGCGAAAUCCCCGGCUCCGUGAGCCGCCUCAGGGACCUCCAGUACUUGAGGCUCAACAACAACACCUUGUCCGGCGCAUUCCCUUCGUCGUCGGCUAAUCUGUCGCACCUUGUUUUCUUGGAUCUGUCCUACAAUAAUCUGAGCGGUCCAGUUCCAGGGUCUUUGGCAAGGACAUUCAACAUAGUAGGGAAUCCACUGAUCUGCGGAGCAGCUACAGAACAAGAUUGUUAUGGAACUUUGCCCAUGCCGAUGUCCUACAGCCUGAAUAACACACAAGGUACCAUACUGCCAGCAAAAUCUAAGAGCCACAAAGCCGCAAUUGCAUUUGGUUCUACGAUAGGCUGCAUCAGCAUCCUUUUCCUAGUUACGGGAUUGCUGUUCUGGUGGAGGCAUAGGAAAAAUCGGCAGAUUCUUUUCGAUGUCGAUGACCAGCACAUCGAGAACGUAAACCUUGAAAACCUGAAGAGGUUUCAGUUCAGAGAGCUCCAGGCUGCAACAGAGAACUUCAGCAACAAGAACAUGAUAGGAAAAGGCGGUUUUGGAAAUGUUUACCGAGGGAAGCUCCCAGAUGGAACUAUAGUAGCAGUCAAGAGGCUGAAAGAUGGAAAUGCCGCAGGCGGGGAAUUGCAAUUUCAGACUGAAGUCGAGAUGAUCAGCUUGGCAGUGCACCGGAAUCUCCUUAGGCUCUGCGGGUUCUGCAUGACUGCAACCGAGAGGCUACUGAUCUAUCCAUACAUGUCCAAUGGAAGUGUUGCAUCACGCCUGAAAGGGAAGCCACCACUGAACUGGAUCACCAGAAAGGGAAUAGCCCUCGGUGCAGCAAGAGGCCUACUAUACCUGCACGAGCAGUGUGAUCCCAAGAUCAUCCACAGGGAUGUAAAGGCAGCAAAUGUACUGCUCGAUGACUUCUGUGAAGCAAUUGUUGGAGAUUUUGGGCUUGCCAAGCUCCUGGAUCACCGUGACUCGCAUGUCACCACAGCUGUGAGGGGAACUGUAGGCCACAUUGCCCCAGAGUACCUCUCCACGGGCCAGUCAUCUGAGAAAACUGAUGUCUUCGGCUUCGGGAUCCUGCUGCUAGAACUGAUCACCGGGCAGACUGCACUUGAGUUUGGAAAGUCAUCAAAUCAGAAGGGAGCCAUGCUUGACUGGGUGAAGAAGAUGCACCAGGAGAAGAAGCUCGACGUGCUUGUCGACAAGGGACUCGGAAGCAGUUACGACCACAUUGAGCUAGAGGAGAUGGUGCAGGUGGCGCUGCUGUGCACCCAGUAUCUCCCCGGUCACAGGCCAAAGAUGUCGGAGGUGGUCAGGAUGCUCGAAGGUGACGGGCUCGCAGAGCGGUGGGAGGCGUCGCAGCGUACUGACUCGCACAAGUUCAAGGUGCCUGACUUCACCUUCGGGCGUUGCUACUCCGACCUGACAGACGACUCGUCGUUGCUGGUGCAAGCAGUUGAGCUCUCUGGACCGAGAUGA